UCAAAUGUUGUGUUGUGCCCUCUACUGGCUUUGAUUGAGAUGACAAAUAAUCAAAUUUUAAUAAGCAUGACGUGUUUAUUUUAAACUAGACAGAUGAGCAGUAGCAUUAUUAUUAUUUGAUGAAGUCUUUUCUAUCAACAUAUUGCCGUGAGAAUUUCAUGUGGUAUAGAAACAAUAAUUCAAAAUGUUUAUUGUGGAUUGGAUGACUGGAGUUCUUAACUUCUUAGGCUUAUGGAAAAAGAGUGGUAAGCUGUUAUUUUUAGGCUUAGAUAAUGCAGGAAAAACAACUCUUUUACACAUGCUUAAAGAUGAUCGCAUGGCUCAACAUGUACCAACUCUUCACCCAACAUCUGAAGAAUUAUCAAUAGGAAGUAUGAGAUUUACUACUUUUGACUUGGGUGGACAUAGCCAAGCUCGCAGGGUGUGGAAAGAUUAUUUCCCUGCUGUUGAUGCUAUUGUUUUUCUAAUUGAUGCAGAAGACAGAGAAAGGUUUCCAGAAUCUCUGGUUGAAUUAAAUAGUCUUUUAACAGAUGAGCAACUUUCAAACUGUCCAGUGUUAAUUCUGGGUAAUAAAAUUGACAAGCCUGGUGCAGCAAGUGAAGAUGAAAUGAGAGCUUAUUUUAAUUUAUAUGGACAGACUACUGGAAAAAGUAAAAUCCCAAGAUCAGAAAUACCAGGCCGUCCAUUAGAAUUGUUUAUGUGCAGUGUACUAAAAAAGCAGGGUUAUGGUGAAGGAUUUCGCUGGUUAGCUGAAUACAUAUAAAACUGACUUGAGUUUUAAAAUCUGUUUAAAGGGAAAAGAAUGUUCAUUUUAUUUAAUUGGUCCACAUAUUUUAUUUCUUCAGCAUCUGAUAUAUAAGCAUGUUCCAGUAUACCUAUUCAGAAGUUGCAUUUAAAACUUUUCGGCAUUCCAUCUAUUACAUUUGAUAAAUAUUGUACUUGAAAGGAAAUUUUAUGCUUGAUAAAAUCUUGUAUUUGUUAACAAGUAAUUUUUCAUGUUGUAUUUAUAUAUCUGGGUCAAACUCCUCUAUUUAUUUAUUUAUUUGUUUGGAUUUUAUUCAAAUUGUUUUUUUUUUUUUUAAAUAUAGUUCAAACAUUUGCUGUAAUUUUAAAUGUUAUAGUAUUGCGAAACUAAUCAUGAAUAUGUUGAAAUAAAGACACUUAUUUGUA